AUGAGAAUUAGACUCUAUGGAGCCAAGCAUCUUAAUACCUACUUAUCACAUAACUUUAUGAAUUAUCACUUUUACAACUCAAUGAACGGACCUAAGCCUACAUAUUAUUCCUUUACAACUAUCGACAUCAUGUUCCGCAAAGGCGUUCUUCCUUCUACGACCCCAAAAUACGAGUUUAAGGGAAUCCGGGAUUGUCUCCAGAGUGUAGAGCAGGCAUUGGAGAAAUGUGAAGAGAAUCCUUAUGUUAUUUUUGUUCUUGACGAGCCUUCCUUCCUUGACUGUUUUCUGAAAUCCGGGGAAAGUCUGCUCACAAAAUCAUGGGAGGCUUACGAUCCUUCUAUUAACCAUCUACUCAUCAAAAUGGAGUCGCAAUUUCAUGGCGUAGCACUCAGAGCUUUUGAACGAGUAUUCGAUGCGUGGGACAUGGAUAGUCAUUGUCCGCUUGUGACUACGGGCAGAACAAUAUGCAGAGGUAGUUCGGGGAAGAAGAAGGAGCCGGCUUCCACUUGGAUCCCGAGACACUCAGGCAGAAAAUGGCCCACUGUCGUACUCGAAGUGACAUAUAACGAGACACCGAAAAAGAUGGAAGAAAAUGCGAAAUUUUGGUUAACCGAAUCUUCGGAGGUCGCCACCGUUCUUACGGUCGAAGUAUUUAAGCGUGGAAGGAUCUCGGUAAAACAAUGGAACAUGAGAGGCGCAACUGCUGUCCCUAGCCAGGCGAUGGAAAUUGUGCGUAAUCCUGCGCCAAACUGCAAGAAAAUUCAAGGGAGCAUUCGACUGGCCUUAAAAGAUAUUUAUCUUCGGCCGAAACGGCAGCACGAGACCGACUUCGUUUUGACCCCCCAUGCCAUGGAACAGAUUGCAUCUCCAAUAUGGCAUACUCAAUUUGGCGAUUAA